AGCAAGAAAACGUCAUACUUGACAAAACCGAGUGAAUCAUUCAAUAUUUAGAAGUGUUUUUAUUGAGUAAACAUACACAAAUAGAGCAAAAGUUUGGAAAGUAGCCGUCCAUAAUGUCUAACGAAGUGGAAGAAACUAUGAAAAGAAUCCAGUCCCACAAAGGAGUUGUGGGUACCAUAGUGGUGAACUCUGAAGGUAUCCCCAUUAAGACAACUUUAGACAAUACUACAACGGUUCAAUACGCGGGGCUCAUUAGUUCUUUAGCUGAUAAAGCUAGGAGUGUAGUUAGAGAUCUGGACCCCUCCAACGAUCUGACAUUUCUCCGGAUUCGAUCCAAGAAGCACGAGAUUAUGGUAGCCCCCGACAAGGAGUUCAUAUUGAUAGUAGUGCAAAAUCCCACUGAUUAAACUUUCCACAAAAAGGGCUGUUUCCAAUUACGUGUUUUACUAGCUACGAGUGGCGACAACUCAAGACUAGAUCACAAUUCUGUUUUUUUAACAUGCAAUGUUUUAUUAAUAUUAUAGUUAAUUACUGAGCUAAUAUAAUACAUUGUUAUUUUAGUCGCUUUUUACCUACUCAAUGUAAAUCUAGUGGCUUGUCAAGGUGUUGCAUAAAUCUAGAUAUUUAUCUACCAUAUUCUGUGAUUCUUUUUAAUAUUUGCAAUUAUAAUACAUUCUUAUACGAA